UUAAUAACAAGUCUGUUAUAAAUGAAGCAAUGGUUAAAGAUAAUAUCAGCAGAGCUGGGACGACCAAUGUUCACCCGUCUCAAGAAUUACAUGAAAGUAUUGAAACAGUGAUCAAGUCUUUUACAAAGCAACAGAAUACUAUUAAUGCGAUAUCCAGUAUUGUUAGUCAAGUAUCGGAUAAAAAAAAUUCAGAUUUCUCUCCACCAAUUACUGGAGAUAGUGAAACCCGAGAUUCAGCAAAAUAUUAUAAACGCGAUAGCAAACCCGCUAGAAAAAAACCAAUUUUUAAUGAUACCGCAUCUGAGUCCUCAUCCACAUCUGAAUCUGGGUCUAGUUCUGAAUCAUCUAAUGAUGAUGAAGAUUUUACUGUGAAAGUG